CCAGGAUGUACGGCUAUCAGCGGCCGUCCAUCUGGCGUCGGCGAUCAAAAACGCCAGCUGAAGUGCGCGGCUAUUACCGCCCGGCCUGCCUGCCUCCCUCUCUCCCUCUCUUACACGCAUGGAAGCCUCUUCAAUUCCUCUGUCCCUCGUAUGCCUCCCUCCACGAAGGGUCUCAGCGAACCCCAACCAUAGACCUCCUCGCUUCAGCAGAAGCAAGCGCGGGGUCGGCCAUGCCCGAGCUCCCCCAAGAAUCCAUGCCAUUGAUGGAGCAGCGGAUCUGGGCCCUCCGGUGGAGCUCACCUGGCAGGUCGCCGUCGGUGCGUUAGCUGGAAUUACGCCCUUUGUUGUCGCGGGGAUCGAGUUCGGAAAGAGGAUUGUCGCACAGAGAAAAUGCGGAGUUUGCGGAGGCUCUGGACUUGUUCUGAGAAAUGAUUUUUAUGUCCGGUGCCCUGGCUGUGGUGGAUUUCUUCCGUGGCAGUCAUGGAAGAGGUUCUUUACAGGAUAAAAUCUUGAUCUAAGCAAUAAAUUAGAUCUGUGUUACUUCAUUCCAGUCAUUGCUGGGAAUCUAGUACUUGUUAAAACUUAAGAAAUGUUUGAUUCGUGGAAGAUACUCUGUUAUUUGUGUAUAUUUUGAAGCUUAAAUACCCUAUAGAACUAUUUAUUGGGUACUUUGUUAUUGGCUUUAUGUCAGCAAGAUAUCUUUUCUUUUCCA